CUUCUCUCGUUUCCCGCUCUUAGCCACAUAUCGUACACCCGGCCAACGCUCACACUUGCCACACACCUUCACACGACAAUUCACAUACAUCAAUUCACAUACAUCAACACGGUACGUACUCACACGCCGCUUGUACGGCGGUCAUUCGCUUGUCAUGCACACACAGGCGGUUCAGAACCUGUUGCGGCUGGGCCUGGAGCACGUGAUGAUGAUGAGCAGCAGCGGCCCUGACUGCGUGCGAGUGGCGGGUGCGGUGCCUACCGCCGGCUGCGUGUGGCUGGACUUUGAGCUGCCCGUGUUCGGAGCCGACCGCGAGUUCGUGGUGCCCGCCAUACCCAUGUGGCACAACAGGUACCGGCUGGCCGCGCGUGUGGUGCGUCUGGGCUACAACGUGUUCCUGACUGACACGGAUGUCAUUUUCUUCGACGACCCCUACGUCUACUUCAAGUCCCCGCCCUUCGCCAACUACACAGUCAUAAACCAGCCCGAGACGCUGUACGACCAGGCUGACUACGCGGUGGAGUCGGAGCCCAACGGCGGCGUGCUGUACGUGCAGGGCGCGGCGCCGGGGGGGCCGGCGGCGUGGAUGCUGGCGGAGGUGACGGACAGGCUGCUGCGCUGGGUCGAGGACGGCUUCAACACCACCCGCCACACGCACUCCAUCCUGACCUGGUGCAACUACAUGGACCAGGACGGACUGAGGGACGCCAUCAGCAGCGUCAUGCUGGGGCGCGUGUUCUUCGGCGUGAGCCUCAAGGAUUGCCGCUCAGAAGAGUGGAAGGAGAAGAACUCGGCUGAGCACCAGGCCAUUGUGGACGCCAUUGACGACCAGCUGCGCGACGCCCCCGGCGGCGGCUGGCGCACCGCACACGCCGUACCGCUGCCGCCCGUGAUGCAGCCCGUGGCGGGCGCGGACUCGGCGGACCUGAGGCUGUUCACCAUGCACCUGCCCGUGUACCAGCCCUGGGACGCCAAGUGGGGUCCCUGGCUGUACCCGCCGCGCCGGGGGCCGCUGUCGUCCGCCUGGCUGGCACAGCUGCGGGACGACUGCGGCGGCUCGGCCACCCCGCAGCCCUACCACGAGGGGCAGCCGGGCGGUCACGUGCCGCUGCAGCUGCUGGCGCUGCACCCGGCGCUGGCGGCUCGGCUGGCGGCCACAAACACCUGGACCGAGUACUCGGCGCUGCUAGGCGGGCUGAUGACGGUGGCUCACGCGCUGAAGCGCAUCCCUGUGUGGCCCGACCCGCCCUGCGCCGCGCCCUGGGUGUCGGAGGACGGGCCGCAGGGCGCCGCCACACUGCCGCUGGGCAUACGCAUGGAGUUCAUUCCCUACGGCCGGCGGCGCAGCUCCAUGUCUUGUGUGUGGCUGCCGCUGCUGAACGGCGGCUGCCUGCUGGGCGGCCGCGGCAUGCUGGCUCUGGAGUUCGCGCACUGGAAGACGCAAGUGCGCAUGCAGUUUGCUGUGGAGCCGGGGCCGCACAACACCAUCGGCCACCUUUCAGCCGCGGCGGCGGCGGACCCCGCCUUUGCGCCGGCCGCCAACGCCACGCCCACCGCCCGCAUCUACAACGUGGCCAUGGACGAGGUGGCCCGCGCCUGGGGCCCGCGCCGCACACACAACCAGCGGGUGCUGUACCUGCGCCACCCGCUCAACGUGACCUUCCCCCCCGUGACGGAGGACACGUACUCCCUGAUGGACGCCCUGGCAGACUGCAAGGCCACAAACCCACAGGACGUGUACCAAGACCUGGAGGACAAGCCCUACCACGUCGUCCGCAAGCCCCACAUCGCCUUCACGCCCGCGGCCCUGGACGCCGCCGGUGCGCUCGUGCCCUCGCCCGCCAUCCCCGGAUACAACGUGCCCGCCCCCCGGCCCGGAGCCGAGGGCGCGGAGGCGGCGGGCGUGGCGGGCGGCGGCGGUGUGGUGGUGAGUGGCGGCGCGGGCGGCGCCGCCGGCAACGCCACCGUGGUGGAGGAGGUGGUGGAGGAUGACGGCCGGCCGUUCCACACAGACAAGGGCAGCGCGGCGUCGCUGGCGGCGACAGACGCGGCUGGCGCCGCCGCCAUUGCCGCCGCCAGCGCCGCCGCUGCCGCUGGCGGCACCGCCGCGGCAGCGGAGGCGGCUGGCGCCGCCGGCGCCGCCGCAGCAGCAGCUGUCAGUGAAGCAACGACUACAACGGCGUCGGCUCUGGAUGUAGCGUCUGCGGCGGCGGUGGCCGCCGCGGCGGCGGCUGAGGCCGCAGCCGCCAUCGCCAACCAGGCGGUUGCCGGCGGCGCCGCCGCGACGGCGGCGGGCGCAGACGGCGCCGCCGCCGCCGCAGCCACCACCAUCAAGAAGAAGAAGAAGAAAAAGAAGAAGACGCUGCUCCCAACUGCUGGCGGCGCCGUCAAUGGCACAGACGCCAGCGCGUUAGCUGCCGGCGCCGCGGCUGCCCAGCAGGGCGGGCAGAACGCGUCGGCGCUUGCCACAACCACCACGACAACCACCGCCGCCGCGGAUGCCGCCGCCGCCGCCCUUGCUGGGCUGCAGGCAGCGGCGGCGGGCCAGGCGGCAGACGCGGCCGCCGCCGCAGGCACCGUCACUGGAGGCUCUGGCGCUGCGGCGGCGGCGACGGCGGGGGCAGGGGCGGCGGGGGCGGCGGCUGGCGUUGUUGACGCGGCGACUGGCGCCGCCAUGGUCACAAGCACCGUGCCUCGUACCACCAUAGCAGUGACAGCAGAGGCGGCGACGGUGGCGGCCGGCAGCGGCGCGGUGGCUGACGCCGCUGGCUCCGGUGCGGCUGACACAGGUGCAGAUGCGACGACUGCUGCCGGCGCCGCCGGCACCAGCAGCACGGAUGCGGCCGCCACGACGGCAACUGCCGCCGGCACGGCUGUGGACGGCGUCGCGGCUGCUGCCGACGGCGCAGCAGCUGCUGUCGCAGGCGCGGCCAACACCGGCGCUGCUGUGGAUGCAGGAGCGACGGCCGGCGCUGCCGGGGUGGCGGCUGGCGCUACAACCGCCACCACCACCGCUGCUGCUGCCACUGUCACAGAUAUCGGCAGCGCUGCCACUGACGCCGCGACGGCAGCUGGCACAGCCGCCGACGCCGCUGCCACCACCACGGAGGCCGUCGACGCCGACACCAUCACCGCCACCGGCGCCGCUGCCGAAGCCGCAGCUGCCGUCAGCCCCAGCCCCUCCCCCGCUGACCCGGGGGUCAUUGCGUCGGUGGACGGGCAGCGGGUGGCGGGCGUGCACGUGGUGACGGCGGCUGAGCUGGCGGCGGCCGCCGCCAACGGCCCAGAGGCCGAGGCCGUACGCGCCAAUGCCCUCAGUGCCGUACAGGGCAUGGGGCCGUUCGGAAUGGCGGCGGCGCUGAAGGCGGAGGCGGCGGCGGCGGCGGCGGUGGCGGCUGGCGCUGCCGCCGCCGGCGGCGCAGACGGCGGCGGAGGCGCGCAUGGCGGGCGCGGCACGCGCGCCGGCAUGGGCGGCGGGCAGGGCUUGGCGAGCGCGCGUGGCGGCAGCGCCGGCGGCGGCGGCGGGGCGGCUGGAUUCCAGCGUGGCGGAAUGACGACGGGCAACAGGGGCCAGUUCCGGGGAGGUGGCGGCGGCGGCAUGGGCGGAGGCAGCCAGCUGCGGCAGCGCGUCAUGGGCGGCGGCGGCGGGAUGGUAGCUGGCGGCGGCGGCGUCAUGGGCGGCGGCGGCAUGGGGGGCGGCAUUGCCGCCGCCGCUGAUGCCGAAGCCAUGGCCAUUCAGUCCAAGCUUGCGAACACCCAUACCGGCACCGCUGGCGCCGCCGCCGGUGCCGCCCGCGCUGGAGGCGGAGGCGGCGGCACUACGCGCGUCGCAGGCGCAGGCGGCGCCGGCGCCGGCGUUCACACGCGCUCGCAGGGCGCUGGCGGCGGCGCCGUCGGCAGCGCCGCGGGCGGCGGCGGCACUCACGUUGUUAACCGUGCCCAGUUGAACAAGCUGCAGGAGGUGAUGGGCGGCCGCGGCGGCGCGGCGCACUCGGACCUGGCGCGCUUCCAGGCGGCGGUGGCGGCGGCGCAGGGCCGUGCCGGGCUGACGGGCGGCGGGGUGGGAGGCGGCGGCGGCGGCGGCGGCAUCCGGAUGGCGCGCGGCGGCACCCGGUGGCUGCUGGAUGCGGGGGAGGGGGAGGGGGAGGAGGAGGAGGAGGAGCACGGGGAGGAGGAGGUAGAGAUGGGGGAGGAGGCAGAAAGGACAGUCGCCAAGUGAUUUAGACAAGACACAGAGGCUUGAAGAAAUGUAUGGUGGUGUUGUGAAUUCCAGCAGGAUGGAUGGUGUGAAAGCAUGUAUGCAUGUGCACUGCUGUAGCAGGAAGAACGUGAUACAAACCUUGUGAUGGUGCCACCUGAGGGCCGUGAUCCUGAGGAAAGUGUUUGCAGUUGAUGAACGCGGCUGAGCUGUGCCCUCUGUCCAGGAUGGGUGUGUGAUGGGACAGGGUUUAGGCAGGUUGGUGAGGUCCCGUAGUGUGCAGCUGACGCCCAUACCCCAAGCAGACAGCAGACAGUUUGCAGCGGCAGAGCAGAAGUGCAUGGCUGGUCGAACGCCGGAGUUACUGUACCGACAAGUUGUCCAGGAUGGGUGGAUCCCGGACCCGUGACACCCGUGACGGGCGGUUGCAAGUCGGGCAUGCGAAUGGUCAUCUGAGACGUAUACUCC